UAAAGGCAAAGGAGAAGAAAUGAUAGCGUACAUCCAUCCAGCUGGUUACGCUUGUGAAGAUGAGGUGAAAUGUAUUCCACGAGUAGUCUCCAAAAUCUUUUAAUAUAAAACCUGGGCGGAGGUAUUAUGUUUGAAAUAUAAAGGAGAUACCUGCCAGCCUAAUGGAUCUAUUGCAGAACUCUCCUUUUAGCUAGCUGACUGAAGAGGUCCAAGUAAAAAUAGCUAGCAACUAUCCUGUUGGGCUAACACACACAUAGCCUUACUUUUUCACGACAAGACGAAUCAACAUUAAUCAACUAACAACUGAUUUAAUUUAGACGGUAAGAAUUAAAAAGCUCCAUCUGUCCUCCAUGGCUUCAUCGGAGGUCAGCAUGCAGGAAAUGAGUGAAGUUGUGAUUGUCACCAUACCAGAAACUGUGGGCGGGGAACUCCCGUCUGUGGUGGAGGAGGAUAAAGCAAUGUUGGUGACUGCAGAGCUGACCCCUCAGCCAGGGGAGGAUGUCCUCACAGUAGCACCAGUGGAUGCAGAAGCCGAGGCCAGCAGAUCAGAUUCAUUGUCGAAGGAAGAGGCAGUCAUUGUGAAGUUAACUGAGGAGGUUGAUGUGGAAGGUGAUAUUUUCUACCCAAUCACCUGUGGAGAUGCCAAAGCUACGCUGGUCUGGAAGAAAUUUGUCUGUCCUGGGAUAAAUGUGAAAUGUGUCCAGUUCAAUGAACAGCUCAUAAGCCCGAAGGAGUUUGUGUGUUUAGCAGGGAAAUCCACUCUGAAAGACUGGAAGAGAGCCAUCCGCCUCAACGGCACCAUGCUCAGGAAAAUCAUGGACUCAGGUGAACUGGACUUCUACCAGCAUACAAAGGUCUGCUCCAACACCUGCCGCAGCACUAAGAUAGACCUGGUGGGAACUAAAGUGUCUAUCAGCAGUGAUCAGUCUGCUGACAUGGUCACUGCUACCCCCUCAUCAGCUGAUUUGAAUGGAGCAGCAGCCUCAUUUCCUGAGGUGACAGAGGAAACUUCCGAGUGGGUCACAGCCAUCGGAGGCUGCAGGGCAGAGGAGAGUGACCCACCACUACAGUUCAAAGAUGCAGUUUUGCUCAACAAUAUAGUGCAGAACUUUGGGAUGUUGGACCUUGUGAAGAAGGUUCUAGCCAGUCAUAAGAGCCAGAUGGACCGUUACAGAGAACAGUAUACUCGCAGCCUCGCUGCUCUGGAGCAGCAGUGUGAUGAGCAUAGGAAGCGAGCCAAGGAGCUGAAGAGCAAAUCCCAGCACCUCAACAACGUCCUGAUGACCCUCACCCCGGUCCCUGCACCCCCUGCAUCCAAGCGCCCUCGGCUGACCCGCGCUGUCUCUGGCCCGGCCACAGUCAGCACUACUCCCACCCAGAUAACUCUCAAUCAGCUGACUGGCCUGCCGCUGGGCAAGGUGCUGACCGUGGCAGGAGCCCCAGCUGGCACCAACCUGGGCGGGUACACCCUCCUGACCUCCACGCUUUCUGGGUCAGAGCUGGUGGCUGACUCUUCUAACCUGACUGUGCUGUCCGCGGCGACAGGUCAGGAGGGCGAGGCCAGCGCCAGCAGCUCCGCAGCCUCCACAGCCUUUGUUAAGGUGGUUGGCCCUCAGUUCCAGCUGGUGACGCUGCCAGCCACGUUGCAGAGCUUGACCACCACACAGAGCACCACCGUCCAACAGCAGAUCAGCAGCAUCAGUGUGGUGGACACCACAGCAACCACUGAUGAUUCACAAGAGGAUUGCCAGGCUGAUGGUGAUGAUGAAGGUCAGCUAGAGGUUAAAGAGGAAGCUGGGGAGCAGUCAGCUGAACAGCAGUGAAACAAAGGACAGCUGUUCUCUCCCCUGUCUCCCAGUGUGUAAUUGCCUUAAUUUCAUCAUUUGGUUUGAAUGUGCAUUUCCUGUGAUGGCUGAGGGCUUGUACACAUUAUGACUUUUACAGAUCAUUUCAUGCAUUGCAUUCAUUUUUCUUUUAACACAUGAGCCUUCCUUUAGAUGUCCUUCAACUUUCAAGCUACCCAAAUUAGAGUGGCGUCUGGUGUCAGGAGAGUGUAUUUCAGUAGUGAUUUUACUUUAAAAAUGUUUUUGUACUUAAUAUAUUUGAUACAGUGGUAUGGAUUUGUUCCAUGUAGGUUUGAAAAAGGGGCAUUGUUCAGUCUGGUAAUAAAUGCCCAGUUUUCGCAAUAAAAGGGUGCAUUAUUAAAUAUUAUAAAUAUUAAUAUCUUCAUUAGUGUGUAACUGAAGUGUACACAGAGAUAAACAGAGACAGGGACUCAUAUCUUUGCUUUUUUUUAAAUAUAUAUCAGCCUUGUGAGUGAGGAGAAAUAAAAAUUCUAAAUUUGA